UUGAGCUGCCCAAGAACAAAGCCCGCCCUCCCAUCAAGGACGUCCGCGUGUCACGCCAUCAGCGACACGUAUGAAGGUGUCACGUUGGUCAUACAAGAGGUCUUUCUUCUGUGUCGCGAGUGUGACACGCCGCUUGACAGUGACAAAACACUUCCUCGGUCGCACGUCGCGCAGCAAGUGUCCAUAUGCUACAUCAUGUUACCGAGCGAUGUUGAGACACAGUGGAUAUUGCGCCGGCUCACUUUCACUGGAGGCCGCUCCUAG